AUGUCUGGUAAUACUAAUUCAGAUAUCCUAAUUGCCGGUGCAAUAGCAGCCUUUACAGUAGACCUCCUCGUAUACCCCCUCGACACGAUAAAAACACGCAUCCAAAGUCCGCAAUAUGCAAAACUGUACACAGAUAGUCGGACAGGCAAGGUCGACCCCAAGCUAUUCCGCGGUGUAUACCAGGGCAUCGGAAGUGUGAUUAUCGCUACGUUGCCUAGCUCAGGAGCCUUCUUCACGACAUACGAACGCACAAAGUCGCUGUUUACAACAUGGAACACCAAUACCAAAGGCGAGGAUAUCCUCCCCAUCGCCCUCGUCCACGCAUCCGCAUCAAGUCUCGCAGAACUCGUAUCCUGCGCCAUCCUCACACCCGCAGAAGUCAUCAAGCAAAACGCGCAGAUGGUGUCUUCCUCUAAUCCUACAAACGCCACACUCGACACGCUGCGCAGGUUUCGGUCUAACCCUUUGGCGCUCUGGCGCGGCUACACGGCUCUCGCGGGCCGCAAUCUGCCUUUUACGGCGAUGCAGUUUCCGCUUUUUGAGAGGCUGAAGGGGGGUAUCAAGGAGUAUAGGGAUGAGAAGGGGUUGACGAGGGGUGGGGUCGUCGAGAUGGGUGUUAUUACUGCGGUUAGUGCUGGGAGUGCGGGGGCGGUGUCGGCGGUGAUAACGACGCCGAUUGAUGUCGUGAAGACGAGGGUCAUGUUGGCGGCUGGUGAUGGUGGUUCUGGCUCUGGGCCCAGCAAAGAUGCGCAGAGUAGUGGUGGGGCGAAAGCCGGCUUAGUCGACGCCCUUGGUAACUCGUCAAAAGACACGGUGAAGAAGGUGGCGGAUUCUGUCAAAGGCCGAAAGAGCAGUUGGGCAAUAGGUAAAGAGAUUGUAGAAGAGAAGGGGUUCAGAGGGCUUUGGAGAGGUGGUGCGUUGAGGGGUGUUUGGACGUUUAUCGGGGCGGGGUUGUAUUUGGGGGCUUAUGAGAGUGGGAGGGUUUGGUUGGCGGGGCGGAGGGGUGAGAAGGUUGAUGAGGAUGAGCUGUUCUGA